GCGGCUUCCUGCUUCCCUUCCCUGCUCUCCCUCUUCCGGGUUUGGAAAGUGAAGUUUGGAGCUGCUUCAGUUCUGUUGUUUAUAGGCAAAUGAAGACUGGCUGACCCUGGAAACAAUGCCUGACGAUGAGGAGAAGGUUAACUUGCGUCGCCUUGAGCCAGCCAUCCAGAAGUUCAUUAAAGUCGCCAUUCCGACGGAUCUGGAGCGGUUACGAAAGCAUCAGAUAAACAUUGAAAAGUAUCAGAGGUGCGGACUAUGGGACAGGUUACACCAAGAACACAUCAACGCAGGCCGUACUGUCCAGCAAUUGCGAGCCAACAUCCGAGAGAUGGAGACGCUUUGUUUGCGGGUCCGGAAGGAAGACAUGCUGACUUUGCAGAGACUGAUCCACCCGGUGAAAGACCAGGCUUCUUCGGCCAUCAGGGAGUUCCUGCAGCUGCAUUCGGAGUCUGCCGAAGAGCUUAAGAAGCAGUUCAGAGAGGCAGACGGGUCACUUUCGGCUUCUUUAACUAGGUCCACCACCGUAGGAGCAGAAACGUUUUAUAACACUGGAGACGAAGGAAGUUCGGAGAAUUUGACCCAGAUGUUUUCCCCUCUUCCUGAAAUUCCCCAGGAUCAAAAUGCGGCAGAAUCGUGGGAGACGCUGGAAGAGGACCUGAUUGAACUCGGCAACUUGGUGACAGAUUUCUCCCUCCUGGUGAACGCUCAGCAGGAGAAAGUUGACCGGAUUGAAGACAACGUCAACGCUGCUGCUGCGAAUGUUGAAGAGGGGACCAAGAGUUUGUCUAAGGCUGCCAAGUACAAGCUGGCGGCGCUCCCGGUUGCGGGGGCCGUGCUGGGCGGCAUGGUGGGGGGCCCCAUCGGGCUCCUGGCCGGCUUCAAGAUCGCCGGUGUUGCUGCGGCCAUCGGCGGAGGCGUCCUGGGCUUCACGGGCGGGAAACUCAUCCAGAGGAAGAAGCGGAAGGUGAUCGAAGAGCUCUCCUCCAGUUGCCCGGACAUCCAGGGUCAGAGUGACCGGAAGAGCAGCUGAAGGAGGCCGGUUUCUCCUCUCCCUCUUCUCCAAAAUGGCCUGGAUUUGGAUUUGGCUUGGAUAUCUUCGAAUCGGAUCCGUCCUUGAGUCAUUCCUGAUCCGGAAGCGACAGCCAUGGCAGACUUCCUUGGAGAGAAAACCAGCCUUCUUUUCCUUUCCAGAAGGAUGGCAACAGAAAAGGAGAGGAAAGGCAAGCCUUGGAGGGGGUUUCUUCCCCCAAAUAUGCCUUUAUGCAGUAUAGGCGGACAUGGAGACUGUAUUUGAAGCAGAAAUUGCUGAGUGCCUUGACGACGUCCCUCUUCCUCAGAUGUUUUACUCAUUUGCACAUAGGUCACUUUGCGUUGUUUUUAAUGGGUUUGGACUUUGCAGCUCAUUUUCCCCCAUCUGGCUUAAGUGAGGAGGGCUUCUCUCCUUCUCCCCAAUAUUAUCAAGAUUUUAGUUUUUAAAACUUUCAUAAGUUUAUGGACCUCAAGCCAGGACUAUCCAUCUGUCUUCCAAAGCAGUUUAGCUUUGAGCAAAAUCAGAAUUGGGAGCCAAAGGGGAACGUUUGCGAGUCUGUAUUCAUAAGCUUCUCUUUCAAAUAUUGACAA